AUGGGAAAUAUUAGUGUGUUAAUGAUUUUGUUUUGCUUAUUAUUGAAUGUUAUAACAUAUGUUCCAUAUCUCACAAACGCAUCAUCGUGCGAAUCCAAAUCCCCCGCAUACAAUCCCUCUGGAACGCACGCCAUUCUCACUCUCAACAACUUCGCUCGCGGCGGCGACGGAGGGGGCGCUGCCGCAUGCGACGGAAGGUUCCAUCCUCUGCCACAAAGAGUGGUGGCGCUUUCAAGCGGAUGGUUCAACCGCGGUGCACGGUGCGGAAGAAUGAUAAAAAUAAAAGCCAGAAACGGAAGAAGCACAGUGGCUAGGGUUGUGGAUGAGUGUGAUUCCGGACAUGGGUGUAGCAAAUCUCACAGGAAUCAUCAGCGAGGAUGCAAAACUAACGUUGUUGAUGCGUCUAAAAAUGUGUGGAAGGAUUUGAGACUCAACACGGAUGAUGGUGAAGUACCAGUCACUUGGACCAUGCUAUGA